CUUUUCCUUUCUUUCUUCCACCUACUCCCUUCUUUGUUUGGAUUUCAGGUAGACUGAACAACUUUUUCGGCUUCCUCUGCUACGAGUUCGAGCUUCUGGCAUUCCUUCUGGUCUUGUUUUCCCUCUGCCAUUCAUCUCAGCUCUGCAUCUUUACUUGGCUAACCACGACUUUCUUCUCUCUGAAUAAAGUACAACUCUCUUUAUGACUGCGGAUUCUGCAACGAUGAAUUCUGCCUCUGGCCUUACACGCGCUGUGUCAACUGUCCGCAAGGAUCUCUCUGCGUGUCCUAGGAUGCUUUCACUUGUAUCUCAUCACCUUCGCACCAAGAAAAUGCUCCAUGAUCUUCGUUCGUCGCUGGAGACCCCUACUGCGACAGCUCGCGUCAUGGUGGAUUGUAUCGAUGGUCUGCGUACUGCCCUUCAGUGGGAGUCAAAGCAGAAUGGUUAUGGUUGCGGCAAGGGGAAGCCUUCGAAACACCAUGGCAUGCUCAAAGAGCGCGUGAUGGAACAUUGGUCUGUGGCAUGGAAGUGGUCGUCGUUCUUAGUGGAAGAAAUCAUCGCGAAGGAACCUCUCUCCGUGGAAGGUACCGAAUUCCAGCGUUGGACGCUCGAGGUUGUGGCAGAGUUUCUUAGACUUCUCGCAUUUGAGAUCCAAGGAUGUCCUCGUGAGUUCGAGGCCCUGAAAGCGCCUGGGUUUCUCUCUACUCUCGUCCAGCUUUGGUUCCAUGCACUGCGCCAUGGCGGCUCAUCUGCCGCACUUCGAGAUACGGCUUUCUCGUUGAUUUUAUUCGACUCAAUCAACUUCUCGACUAUGGACGGCUUCGUGGAAGUUAUUGAUCAAGUCAACGGAAUAAUGAAGGAUACACCCGACGCGGCGACAAUCUGUUGCACACACAUCUUCAAUAUCAUUCAGUGCAAUACAGUCAAUAUGCGUCUUCUUGACGGCCCUCUUGCAUUCGUGGCUUAUGCAAUGGAAUUUCAUGACUUACUUUCUUCCUUCAUCACCUGUCGUCUUCCAUCUCUCAUUGCUUCUGUCAUGGUACACUUAACAUCUUCCAAACUCUCCUAUGAUCUCGUCAACAUCGACGACGUAAAGUGGGACAGAUACACUCAGGAAAACAUGGUCGAGUUUGUGUAUCUUCGAUGCGCUCGAAUAUUGGGAAGCUGGUUCAUCAAAUACGGUCAUCCUUGUAUCAUCGAAGCUCUUCGAGGUCGCUUUCUACCGUCUCUCUUCAAAAACGCCUUGUUCUUCAAACGGCGAUCGAAUCCUUUUCAAUCUGACUUGCAGGGUAUCUGUUGUUGUCUUCUCGAGAUGAUCACACGAUAUAGCAUAUAUCCAACAAUAUCUCGCUUGGUGGUCAAAUCUUGUCGAUAUAUCAAGAAGCAUGAUCUUGGGCCACUAGUAGAAUCAACGGCACCGUUACUAUGGAACUCUUGGAGGUUAUUGGACGAUACGGCUAUGCAAAGAUAUACCCAAAUCCCGAGCUAUUUUUUCACGCAACGGGAGGUGUGUGGUAAUCCGCAAUGGAUAAAUCCGUAUAUUCGUCCUCGAGAUGUCAAGCGCUGCUCAGGAUGCCUUGUCGUACAUUACUGUUCACGAGACUGCCAGAGAGACGAUUGGACGGGACACCAGUUGACAUGCAAGCACCUCAUGUCAGACAGAAAAGCUGGAAGACCCGUGAAAAUAAAUACUUUGGAGCAUGAUUUCGCCGAGUCGAUGGUUAGUCUGGAUUUCUCCACUUUCCUCGUGGAGACAGAAGGAACGCGCGCCGAACUAGAAGAACAACACUUGACUGAGCCUGAGGAAAGGUACCCGAUGGUAGUGGAAGUUUUGUAUAAUGUUGCGCCACCGAGACUAGGGCGAAUCUAUCCAGGGGAAGACGUUGAUGUGGACUCGGAGAUUUAUCGAGCUCCGGAAGUGUGGAUGGCAUUAGAGAGAAGGAGGGGUAGAGGUAUUCUUCUGCGCGACGCUUCCGUCUGGCAAAAGGCUCCGAACCUCAGCAUGUUUACGGGUCUGUUGGAGUACACGUGCUGUCAGGGAAAUAGCGCCUCUAGCUCCGUCUGUCGUUCGUUCUUCGGAAGCCAUCAAAGCAAGUCAGGUUCUAUCCCUUAAUCUUGGCGGUUCCGGCUUGCUUUAAGCUUUCGGCUAGGGGCCUCCUUGAGGGGCCCAAACAUCGUGUCACCCGCAAUGUCCUUUCUCGCAUACCAACAACAGAUGCUUACCAAAAGCCGUCCACUACCGCUGUACGGUAUCAAAGGCCGGCAAUACUUCUCACCAGAAUGAAUUCCAGAACCA